GGGGGGGGCGGUGGGGGUACGAUGAAAUCGGGGGGUGGCGCGGCCGCUCCCCGGCAGCCGCGGGCGGGAGAUGCUGCCAGGGAAGCCGGAGGCGUCUCUAGAGCAUGAGCUUGGGCGAGAGUGCCCGCUCCAACUGCUUGUCUGGGGGCCCCGCCAGCCUUCCCUCCCCAGACCUCAGCGGCGGGACCAAAAUGGAAACGACCUUCGGUCCCACUUUCUCAGCCGUCACCACCAUCACUAAAGCCCCAGCACAGGUCCAGGAGGUCGUAGAGAAUGGCAAAAGGAGCAGCGUCCUGUCUGAAGGCUGGGGAGGGGCCGAUGGGGCCGGCACCUACAAACAGCACCGCCGGACGCCCUCGUCCUCCAGCACCCUCGCCUUCUCCCCGCGGGAUGAGGAGGACAGCAUGCCCCCCAUCAGCACUCCGCGCCGCUCCGACUCCGCCAUCUCUGUCCGCUCCCUCCACUCGGAGUCCAGCAUGUCCCUGCGCUCCACGUUCUCGCUGCCCGAGGAGGAGGAGGAGCUGGAGCCGCUGGUGUUUGCAGAGCAGCCCUCGGUGAAGCUGUGCUGCCAGCUGUGCUGCAGUGUGUUCAAGGACCCCGUGAUCACCACCUGCGGCCACACGUUCUGCAGAAGAUGUGCCUUGAAGUCAGAGAAGUGCCCCGUGGACAACGCCAAGCUGACGGUCGUGGUGAACAACAUCGCCGUGGCCGAGCAGAUCGGGGAGCUCUUCAUCCACUGCAGGCACGGCUGCAGGGCCACCGGGGCGGGGAAGCCGAGCGUCUUCGAGGUGGACCCCCGCGGGUGCCCCUUCACCAUCAAGCUCAGCGCCCGGAAGGACCACGAGAGCAGCUGUGACUACAGGCCUGUGCACUGCCCCAACAACCCGAGCUGCCCGCCGCUGCUGAAGAUGAACCUGGAGGCCCACCUCAGGGAGUGCGAGCACAUCAAGUGUCCCCACUCCAAGUACGGGUGUACGUUCAUCGGGAACCAGGACACGUAUGAGACGCACCUGGAGAGCUGCCGCUUCGAGGGCCUGAAGGAGUUCCUGCAGCAGACAGAUGACCGCUUCCACGAGAUGCACGUGGCGCUGGCCCAGAAGGACCAGGAGAUCGCCUUCCUGCGCUCCAUGCUGGGCAAGCUCUCCGAGAAGAUCGACCAGCUGGAGAAGAGCCUGGAGCUCAAAUUCGAUGUCCUGGACGAGAACCAGAGCAAGCUCAGCGAGGACCUCAUGGAGUUCCGCAGGGACGCGUCCAUGCUGAAUGACGAGCUGUCGCACAUCAACGCUCGGCUGAACAUGGGCAUCCUGGGAUCCUAUGACCCCCAGCAGAUCUUCAAGUGCAAAGGGACCUUCGUGGGCCACCAGGGUCCCGUCUGGUGUCUCUGUGUCUAUUCCAUGGGAGACCUCCUGUUCAGCGGCUCCUCGGACAAGACCAUCAAGGUGUGGGACACAUGUACCACCUACAAGUGCCAGAAGACCCUGGAGGGCCACGAUGGCAUUGUGCUGGCUCUGUGCAUCCAGGGGUGCAAACUCUACAGUGGCUCUGCAGACUGCACCAUCAUCGUGUGGGACAUCCAGAACCUGCAGAAGGUGAACACCAUCCGGGCCCACGACAACCCAGUGUGCACCCUGGUGUCCUCUCACAACAUGCUCUUCAGCGGCUCCCUGAAGGCCAUCAAGGUCUGGGACAUCGUGGGCACCGAGCUGAAGUUAAAGAAGGAGCUCACAGGCCUCAACCACUGGGUGCGGGCCCUGGUGGCAGCCCAGAGCUACCUGUACAGCGGCUCCUACCAGACAAUCAAGAUCUGGGACAUCCGGACCCUCGACUGCAUCCACGUCCUGCAGACAUCUGGAGGCAGUGUCUACUCGAUCGCUGUGACAAAUCACCACAUUGUCUGUGGCACCUACGAGAACCUCAUCCACGUGUGGGACAUCGAGUCCAAGGAGCAGGUGCGGACCCUCACCGGCCACGUGGGCACCGUGUAUGCCCUGGCAGUCAUCUCCACCCCCGACCAGACCAAAGUCUUCAGUGCGUCCUAUGACCGGUCCCUCAGGGUCUGGAGCAUGGACAACAUGAUCUGCACGCAGACCCUGCUGCGCCACCAGGGCAGCGUGACCGCGCUGGCGGUGUCCCGGGGCCGGCUCUUCUCAGGGGCUGUGGACAGCACCGUGAAGGUGUGGACAUGCUAACAGAGUGCAGGCCAAGCCGUGGCUCCCGCUGGGCCCGUCUGAGCCAGGCUGGCCACACGGGGUGGCCUCGGGGUUUCUCCCUGCCCUGUGGGGAUGGACUCCGGCAGCAGGGUGGUACCCCCUGCCUUACGCCCAGCAGGUCCCCCUCCAGCAGGCCCUAGCUCACUGCUGCCAGGGAGAUGGCCAACCCACCCACCCCCCGUGGGUGCCAGGUACGAUGCCCCCCGAGCCCACUCUCACUCCCACUCCAGAUGCCCCCCGAGCCCACUCUCACUCCCACUCCAGAUGGAUGGACUGCGGGCCUUUUUACUCACCUUUUCUACUGGUUUUAGACUGUAUAUAGAUUUUAUUACUUCCGGAUUGAAAUAAAAGCUGUACAGACUGUG